GCUGGGUUGAGGCCGUACGCGAGCCUGGUCAGCAGCGCCAGGAACCUCGACAUCGGCGAGCGCGUGAGGGCCAUCCAGGAGGAGGGCGGGUGGGCGGCCUUCCCGGGCAGCAACUGCUUCCUCAGGCACGGCAGCCGCGAGUUCCCAGAUGGCAGCUCUGGGGAAGGCGACGGCGCCCAGAUCCCCCUGGACGAGUGCUUAUCCCAGUGCGAGGGCAACGAGGACUGCGACGGGGUCACGGUGGAAAACAACAGGGAUUUCACCAUGUGCACCCUGCUCGCCCGGGUCAAUUUGCCCGACUGCUACGAUGACGAGCAGUACGCCGUCUGGGUGCGGGGUUCCAUUUUUCAGAAAGUCGACAAGUUCGCGGACGGGUGGACGCUCCACAUCAACACGAAUUGCUUCGAGGGCCGCGGUUCGCAGGAAUUCCCCGUCGGGAACGAGUUCCACGACGAGUCCACCGUCGCCCUCAACGAGUGUCUCCUCCGCUGCGAGGACGACCCGCUGUGCGAGGGUGUGUCUUUCCCCCGCGGAACCGACGUGGGCACAUGCGGCCUGAGAGCGUUCGUGAACCCCCCCGACUGCGCGAGCGACGAGAGCACCGAAUACGGGCUCGCGGAUUUUUGGAUGCUCGAUUUCCCUCCCUCGGCAGACAGCAGCACGCUCCCCAUCGGCGGGCUGGGGCGCGACAGGAUGUUCGCUGUCGUGGACAUGCAGAAGCAGGAGGGCUUCCGUGACAUCGACCUCUCAUCUUGUGCGCUGGUCGGCGCGUCGGGCGUGAUGAAGGGGUCGUUGGCAGGCGAUGAGAUUGACAGCCACUCGGCGAUCAUCAGACUAAACCGUCUGCCCACCGAGGCGUAUUUUGACGACUUUGGUAGCCGGACGGACAUCCUCUUCUUGAGCAAGGAGUGGAGCGGCGGAGUCACGCUUAUGGGCGACGGGGACGAGCCACAGGUUGUGAAUUGCCACGAGGUUGAUGGCUGCGACAACGCGGCGAUAAUUUCACGGGGCGACCUUGACAAGUGCGACCCGAAGGGGCUCGAAGAGGGUUGGGGCCCAGCGCACCCGAUGGUCGGUUGCCAGCACAAGAACAUCUCGAGGCUGGUGGCCACUGGCUUCAGCACCCUGCACGGCAGCCUGCCCUCGGCUGGCCUGCAGGCGUUUUUCACGUUUGUCCCACUGUGCGGCAAGCUCGAUCUCUACGGGUUCGGCGGCAAGGACACGGCCGAUGGACACGCGGAGUGGAGCGGGCACAACCUGUUCGAGGAGCACACCAUCCAAGACAAGGUCAUCGCUGGCCAGUGGGACGACCUGCCCUGGAAGAGGACGUUCGGAGAGGUCGAGUGGCUGCGUCGCAACGCCGGCGAUAUCAGGAAGGUGAUCGGAACGGUACCGUGA